AUGCCAGCUAUCGACAGUGCAACUCUCCAGACUCUCAAGGAAAAUCCCAUUCGCGUCCUGGUCACCGGUUUUGGUCCAUUUUCUCGCUAUCUUGAAAACCCAUCAUGGUUGGCCGUAAAACCGUUGCACAAUACCGUUCUCAACAUCGAUGUUCCUUCUGAGCCGGUUGUGUGCGACGAUCAGAUCGUGUUGGAGCAGACAGAUGAAGUCGGACAGAUGCCUCGACAAAUUCACAUCACGACUCUCGAGGUACCCGUCACGUACGAGGGUGUCCUGGCCAUUGCUCCCGGAUUGCACGCUCGCCCUCCUGUCUUGCCUACCUCGAUGGACCCUUUGUAUCCUACCAUCCCACCGCCAGUUGAUGGCUAUGAUCUCAUUUUUCACGUGGGUGUAGCGGGAAGAGGGCCGUUGCGGAUGGAAAGGCAGGGUCACAAACUUGGCUAUAAUAUGAAAGAUUCCAAGGGUUGCCUUGCGCCUCUCGUCCGUAUCGCAUCAGAUGACGCGAAAAGACGCCCUGCAGAGCCAUCUGAGGCAGAGCGAAUGGAGAGGGCGAGGUUGGGUGAGUAUGCGCUGGAGACUACAACUGAUGGCGGCGAGCUACCCAAGCGUGGUUUUGGGAAAGGAUACGAGAACUUUCCAGAAGAAAUAUACACGGACAUUGAUGUGGAGAAACUAGUUCAACAUCUUAAGAGGGAAGGAAUCGAGCAGAUAUACACUUCGAUGGACGCAGGCCAUUACCUUUGUGACUUCAUUUACUACUGUUCGCUGGCUGAAGGAAAGCGGUCGGGCAUGAAACACGAUAAGGCUUCCAAAGUCUUAUUCUUGCAUUGCCCGCCAGUAGGUCAGCCUCUCUGUACAGAGGAGGUAACGGACGCGAUCAAACGAAUUGUGGUAUGGGUAUGCAGUAAUAGUUUAUGA